UUUGAAGAGCGUCUGUGUCGAGAGUAUUUCGGUGUUAUUUCACUUAGUCCUCUUUGGGCAUUGAUACUGUGUGCCACGUUUCAGAACCUAACCUCCCUUCUCCGAAACCCUCAAUACCUAUUAAAAUAGAACGUUAACCUGUGACACGUUCGUCAAUUUUCCUUUUAGGUAAAUUUCAAAGUGAAAAUCGCUUAAUUUUUAUUAUCGCGCGUCUGUCGACGGCCAAAUUGACUCAGAACUCUCAGAAGUUGGUCAACACUACAAAUCCACCUGUAGCUGACGUAAAUAUUCAUUAAAAAUGGACGGAAGGCUUGAACAGAAAAUGAUGAAUGACGAUUCAAACGUGCAAAUCACAAUCAGACUGAUAAUGCAAGGAAAGGAGGUUGGAAGCAUUAUUGGCAAAAAAGGUGAAAUUGUGAACAGAUUUCGGCAUGAAAGUGGUGCAAAAAUUAAUAUAUCAGACGGAUCGUGCCCCGAAAGAAUCGUUACCGUAAUAGGAUCAACGAGUGCGAUAUACAAGGCGUUCACAUUGAUAUGCAAAAAAUUUGAGGAAUUUCAAGAAAUUAACAGCGGAAGUAGUUCAGUACCGCGUCCUCCGAUUACUCUACGUCUGGUCGUACCGGCUAGUCAGUGCGGAUCGUUAAUCGGUAAAGCCGGAUCUAAAAUAAAAGAAAUCAGAGAAGUUACCGGAGCGUCUAUACAAGUUGCAUCAGAAAUGUUACCAAAUUCGACCGAAAGGGCAGUUACGAUUUCUGGUACUGGAGAAGCGAUCACUCAAUGCAUUUAUCAUAUUUGUAACGUUAUGCUAGAGUCCCCUCCCAAAGGAGCGACCAUCCCUUUCCGCCCUAAACCCCAAAUAGGUGGUCCCGUAAUCCUCGCCGGUGGUCAGGCCUACACUAUCCAAGGCAACUACGCCGUUCCCGCCCAUUCAGACGUAAGUAGCUCUAUAGUAACGCCACCUCUAUUCGCUCCCGCUCAUCAUCCCACCCAUCAUCGACCUUUGUCUCUAUGCCAUCCUCUAACGGCGGCGGUCGCCCCAGCGCAGCUCGUAGCUGCUUACGAACCGCUCAAGAACGGACAUUUGCAGGCCGCCAUUCCGCCCGCGCAUCUUUUGACAGAUCUGGCGAGUUUAGGUAAAAAUCCUCUUGCAGGAUUAGCAGCAUUAGGAUUAGGUGGUUUGGCUCCGUCAGCCGCAGGAGGACUAAAUCCAGCAGCUUUGGCAGCAUUGGCGGGAUCUCAAUUAAGGACGACGAAUGCGAGGAACCAACAGAACUCUAAUCAACAAACGCAUGAAAUGACAGUACCUAAUGAACUAAUCGGUUGCGUUAUCGGUAAAGGGGGUACUAAAAUAGCGGAAAUUCGACAAAUUUCCGGCGCUAUGAUUCGCAUAUCGAAUUGCGACGAUAGAGAAACUGGUACAUCAGAACGAACAAUCACGAUAUCCGGAAAUCCUGAUGCGGUAGCAUUGGCGCAAUAUCUCAUCAAUAUGAGCGUUGAACUGCAGAAAGCUAACCUUGAGGCCCAAAACUCCCCCAGUACCGGCCAGUCCUCUAACUCUAACACCAGUACCAGUACCAGUGCCGCCUCUCCUCUGGCUAGUGCCAUCCCCAUUGCGCAGUUGCUAGCCAAACCGGGCGCCCUCAAUGCGUUGACAAACCUCAGCGCGUUGGGGGGGCUAACGGAGCUGCUAAGCGGGCAAGGGGCCGGCUCUCCCUCCAUCCAGACUACCGGUGUCCACCGCCCCCACAAGAGCUAUACGCCCCGCCUCCGAUCGCCUGGUGGUGGUAACGAGGGAAGCAAGUUGAAGAAUGAAAGAAAUAAGUUCAAUCCUUAUUAGGUGGCAUAUUUUUGUUUGUUUUCAUUUUUUCUUAUAAUUUUUAGUUUUGAAAUAGGUGUACUAGUAUUAUUACGUCAUUGAUUUUACACGAUUGCAUUGGUACGAUUUAAUUAACAAAAAAAAAUGGAAAAUUAUAGGGACCAAUUUAUAAAUGAAUUAUUGCGUGGAUGAUUUUUGGUAUCUGAUGAAAUAAUCUCGAGCUACUCUAAUUAAUUAUUAUUAGUAUCAGUUUCGAAAUUAUAUUUACUAGUCAUAGUACGAUUUUCGAAAUUAUUUAGUGUAAAAUCAAUGACUUUUUAAUUUUUUUUUCUAUUUAAUAUAUAAGAAUUAAAAAUUUAUUUUUCUCCUUUAUAUAAAAUUUUUAUAGUACAAUUUAUGUGAAUCUUUAUUAUGAAAAAAAUUCGUUUAAUUAUUAUAUUAUUAUUAUUAUAAAUCAACUCGCUAGACUUGUACUAUAAAAAUGGAAUUUUUCUGUAAAACAUCAACAUUGAUAAACUAAGUUUCGUUUAUUUUUAUUUAAAACAAUUGGUCAUCAAGUGUGUGUAUGAUUGGAAUUUUUUAUAAAAAAAAAUAGAGAAAAAAAACGAAACUUUGGUGUACCACCACCACUACAUUCAAUUGGGGUUUGUUAAUACAAUUAUUUUCUUUAUAAUUAUUUAUACAUAGUUGUUAAAAGCAAUAAUUUUUUCUUAAUUAUUUUUCGAUCUCUUGUGUAAAUUUUUUUUUAGUUUUAUACAUUUUCAAUUUUUAUUUCAAUCAUUUAAACUUUUGAACUAGACCGAAUACACCAUUUAUUUUUUAUUGAUUUAAAUGUUUUUUUUUUUCAUUUAUUAUUAUUAUUAUUAUUUUUAUACUAAGUAAUUUUUAUAUGAUGAAUACUCUUCAUUUGCAAUGAAGGAUGAUUGAAAAUGAGCUACAUAAAGACUUUUUGGGUAUAUUAAUGCUGAAAUAGUAUUUACUGUAUAAAAUAAUAUCUGUGUAGAAAGGUUUUUCUUUUUUACAGUAAUCGUGGAUCUUAGUAGGAAAUCGUAUAACUUCUAAAAAUUCGAAAUAGAAACCAUAAAAAUUCAAAAUUUUCAUUCAUAAAUGUUCUAUUUAACCUUAUACGUAAUAAAUAAAAAAUUAAUUUAAAUUAAAAGGGGGUCUUUUGGGAAGCCAGAACAUAUUUAUCUCACUGGAUAUUGGACAUAUACAUCCCUUUGGUAGGAUAAAGGGCUUUGAACAAAAAUGCUAGUUACUAAAAAAGUUUAUUCAAAAAAUAAGUGAUACCAACAUUAUGAUAAGCAUGUGUUUAUUUGAAAAUAAUUUAAAAAAUGUUCCAAACCGUCCCAUAUUUUUGAACAGAUUAUAUAGCGAUUAUGAACAUCACGUUUUGUUAUAUCUUAAACCUAAUAAUUAAUAAAAAUUGUACCUAGUUAGAUCAGUACCUUUGGUUCAAACGUACCAUCAUUGACAGUUGGAAUUGGUAGUUUCAGAACCAAAUCAAAUUAAUCUACUGAAGACUUGUCACAAUUCCACAUCCACUUUCUCAUAAAAUUUACUCUGUAUUCGCUUAAACCUAUUUUGUCAAUUAUUAUUGUCCUACAAAGUGCCCGAUAUUUUUUUUGUUCUAAACUUGACUAAUAAUUAGAGAGUAGAUCAUCUUUUUUCGUAGUCUAAAAAUGUUACUAGAAUCACUAUAAGGUAUUUCUUUUCUCUUUCAGAACCUUCGCAUCUUUUCUUGGUCUUAUUCUUUGUUUUUGUACCUUCUUUUGAUAUUGGAUUCAAUUUUCGCUUUAUUUUUCUCUUUUCGGCCAGUUUUUUUCCACAUCUAAACCUUCUUUUACCAUUCUACCCAAAAUUUCUUCCUCUUUUAUUUUUUUUUCGGUGUCUCAGUCAAAACUGUCGAUUUAAAUUUAGUAAAUUUUUAUAAAAGUCUUGACUUGAAAUGGUCUGACUUCUCCAAGAAGAAGAUUAACAACGUCUAGUAAAACGUCAAGUUUUGUUAAAAAUCCAGUUGAGGUAGCAACAGUUACAGUCCAUAUUCGUGGCUUCCGAAAGCCUAAUGAGCAAAUUUAACUCGACCCGGAAGAUCUUCUACGGAUGAUCUGCACCCUGGAUUGGACAACAGCCAGUCAUUAAUUACAACAAUGGUACUUCUCCCUUCAUCUAUCUUGGUUGUAAUCUAGUUCCAACGAGUUUAAUAUGUUCAUCUUGUGGACUCUAAACUCACCAGAUAUUCCUUCAUAAUUAGCUGUUCCCUAGGGAAUCUGCUUUUCCUCAUUGGAAUCCUACUGGUGAUAAUUUUGUUUAGUUUGCGAAUAAAAUGGGAGAUUUUUUUAGAAGUUAUACAAUAAUAAACCGCUUUUAGUUAAUUAAAUAGUUUGCCGAUUAUUUAUAACAAUAACAAUUAAUUAAAGACUUUAUGUAGACGUUUCGUUUUAUAGUUGGAUCGAUAAACUUAGCUACUUUAUUACUUUAUAAUUUAAUCGUUAGGUGUUGAGAAUAGUAUACUAUUUAUACAACAAUCACAUUUGUUUCAUUUACAUUAUUCUUCUUUUUUUUUUGGAAAAUGUACGUGAUGUAAUAAGAUUAUUUUUACCGACGACACGCCAAGAAACUACUUGAAAAAUCACUACCAAUAGCUCAGAAAAUUAAAAAUGGAGAAUUAAACAGGUCAUUGCGCCACAUCAGCACAAGACAUGUACAUAAAUUUAACAGAAAACUAUAAUAAAAUCGAAAUAAUGAUAAAAAAUAUAUCAAUUCACUUUUACCGUGAAUAAAUUCCUAAAAAUAAUAUGUAAUAUCUUUUUAAUUAUCAAAUAGGGACCCAAUAAUAACCGGAAUAGCAUUUCUUCAGCGAGAUGUUAGAUAGCGCAAUUAAUUACCUGUUCAGUUAUAACGACGUGGCUUAUUCUAAUCGACUUUUUGGUAGCGUUACAUGUUCCUGUUUCGUUUUUUCUUUUGAUCCCAACUAAGUGAAAAACUCAUGUAUACGAGGGGUUUGCAAAACUUAACAAUAAAUGUCGAAGAUAACGUCGAGAUCUUAUACUGUCGAUUACAGAUAAUUUUAAUGGAAGAUUUCAAAAUGGAAACAUCAGAAAGAAGAUCGCGCUUUGGAAGAACAGCUGAUCCGAAUUUUUUGUCAAAAGUCUUUACUGGUGAUGAGUCAUGAUGGUGUAGAUGAUCCAGAAUCAACGCAACAGCCAAGUUCAUGGAAGGCAAGACCCUAGUUCAACAUUUUCUGUGUAUGAGAUUAUCAAGAAUGACAGGCAUUUUGUUACCCGGACAGUUUUACGGUCUCCAUUAAAUCAAAAGGAGCUGAGUAUAUACAUAAAAUGGUAGACUUCCUAAUAGUUUACCCCUCUUUACUUCGUCAUGGUUCGACAGUUUUCUCUGAUUCAGAUGUCUGGUCUAAUUCCUCACCUAGGUGUAUCUUUUUUGGCCAAUCAUUGGUAGAUUUUCAAGACCCUGAUAUCAGAAUCGAAUCAACAGUUAAGUCCAUGGAAAAUAUCAUCAUCGACUUAUCUUUAGUGUCUUCUGCAUGACUCAGCAGUUUUCUUAGAUCUUUGAUGUCGGCGUAAACCCUUAGCUAUGUGUUAAAAUGGAUCCUCAGCUCUUUCAAUAUUUUCCUGGUGGAUGAUUUCUUAUAUCUUUGAAAAAUUCUCGAUUGAUCUUGAGGAUCUUGAUAACAGAAUCCAAGAAAGUACCAUAAUCGACCAUUUUUAGUGUCUUCUUGAUGAAUCAGCAGUUAUCUUGGAUGUCUGGUGUACACCCUCAGCUAGAAUGGAUCCUCAGCUCUUUCAAUAUUUUCCUGGUGAAUAAUUUCUUAUGUCUUUGACCAAAUUCUCGAUUGAUCUUAAAGAUCUUGAUAGCAGAAUCCAAGAAAGUACCAUCAUCGACCCAUUUCUAGGGUUUUCUUCAUGAUUCAGCAGUUAUCUUGGAUGUCUGGUGUAAAUCCUCAGAUUUUAUUAAAAAAAUUUUUUUAUCGAAAACUUCUAGGACCACCUUGUUAAUAUAAAAUUGGUACUAAACAAAUCUAAUUGAGGAAAAUUCUACCAAAUGUGGUACCAUUUUGAACAUCUAGUUUCUAUUUGACAAUUGUAUAAGUGAGUUUUUCUGAAAAUGCGACUAUGAAGACUAAGGAAAGUGCUUUUCCAUCAAUCUCACACUUAGAUAAUCCCCAUGGCCAAAAAUUACACUUCGAAUUGGUUGACCAACCACCGUAUUCACCAGAUUUGGUUCCCAGAAACUCUUAUUUAAUAACUUUAUAAUUUUAUUCGCAUUAAAGAGAUUUUAAUUCAGCAAGUAUGCCAACGUCUAUUUUGAGAAAAAACGUGGAAUAUUAUUUUUAAGAUUUAAAAUGCUUAAAGCAGCAUUGUAAAAAGUGUAUAGACAAAAAUGUUGGAAAAUAAAGAAAAAUUGUUUGUUAAAUCGAAAACUUCUCAUAUACACCUCAUACAUAAAGGUAUU